CUGCAGAGUUCCACAGCCAAAGCCGCGGGCCACUCAGCGGGCGGGUGCAUUAGCCAGGGCCAGAGUUACGACACCGACCGAGGCCGGGUAUUUGUGAAAGUGAACCACAAGUCAGAGUGUUUAUAGGGAUUUGCCUGACUUGGGCCCAGCCCAGAAUACUGAAGAAUAAUAAAAAGUUGUUUGGUGAAUCUAACUUCUAUAUACAUAUAAAAACAAAUUGGAUUCACAAGGCAAUACAUUAAUGUGCUCACAAGGCCAGAAGAAUGUUUGAAGGUGAAAUGGCAAGUUUAUCUGCUAUCCUGCAAACAAGCACAGUGAGAGUACCCAGACCCAUUAAAGUGAUAGAUGUGUCAGGGGGUGGGAGUUUACUAGUGAUGGAGCAUUUGGACAUGAGAUAUUUAAACAGUCAUGCUGCAAAACUUGGAUCACAGUUAGCUGAUCUACACCUUCAUAACAAGAAGCGUGGUGAGACUCUCAGGAAGGAAGAGAAAACUGUUGGGAAAGGAGGAGGGCAGUCAGAACUUCAGUUUGUGGACCAAUUUGGGUUUGAUGUGGUAACCUGCUGUGGAUACCUCCCUCAGGUAAAUGAUUGGCAGAAGGACUGGGUAAUAUUCUAUACCAGGCACCGACUUCAACCCCAGAUAGACAUGGUGGAGAAGGAGUCUGGAGAUAGAGAAACAAGAGAACUUUGGUCUCAGCUGCAGUUGAAGAUACCUGGCAUGUUCCAAGAUCUGGAAAUUGUACCUGCCCUACUACAUGGAGAUCUCUGGGGAGGAAAUGUAGCAGAGGAUGCAUCGGGGCCAAUUAUCUUUGAUCCAGCUUCUUUUUAUGGCCACUCAGAGUUUGAGCUUGCCAUAGCUGGAAUGUUUGGGGGCUUUGGCAGCUCUUUUUACUCAGCUUACCACAACAAAAUUCCUAAGGUUUCAGGUUUUGAGAAGCGACUUAAACUCUAUCAGCUCUUUCACUACUUGAAUCAUUGGAAUCAUUUUGGAUCAGGGUAUAGAGGAUCUUCUCUGAAUGUAAUGAGAAACCUCAUAAAAUGAGUACUGUCUCUUUUAGUGUUCUGGCCUCUACCAUCUUUGGUGAUUUAAACAUAGUACUCUUUCUCUAAUGUAACAUUACAGUCAAACAUCUAAAGUCUAGGAUUUCUCUUGUUUCUGCCCUCUCUUUCCCUGAACACCACCAUUUCCCCAAAAGGAUUGGGUUUCAUAUUUUGCUUUUAAUUUUUUCCUAUAACUAGAGUGGCUCAAUAAAGAUGCUUCUUAAUCCAGAACCUACAGACACAUACAGUAGCUUAUUUAUAAACCAUGAAAAAUACUCCCAUAGCUUAGAGAUAUUUUUAUUUUAAGGUUGAAAUAUUUUGCUUUUUGCCAGAUAAAGGAAGGUAUGAUUAAACUAUGCUCCAGGAUAAUGAUACUGUGAAGUAAUGGAUGGCCGGCAGCAUUUAGCCAUCAUGUUACCAAGAUAGAAAAAGAAAGUAUAGUAAUUGAAUUUAUUUGAAGUAUGGACAUGAAAGUUUGAUAAUAUAUAAAUGCCCUCAUUUCUUUCUUGAUUAUUUAAAGACAUUCCUUUCAGCUUUUGUAGUUCUAGAAGCUUUUCUUGAAAUGUGAAACAGGUUUUCCUCACCUUGCCAGCUAUCUUCCUUAUUGCAGAAUAUAAGAAUUUGUCAGUUCUCCUUUUUUUAACUAGAAUGGCUUAAAUCUGGAAAUGAAAGUCACUAAUUAGAAAUUUUAGAACAUUUAAGACUGUUGAAUUUAGUAAAAACAGAUGCAGCAGCUUCUUGUGUUUUCUAAUAAUGGUGUUCUGGGUUUUUUCCCCCUGCAAAAGAGUCUAGAAUCUCUUUACUUAUCCAAUAGCUAUUUUUCAAAUAUAAGAGGUCAAGUGUUUCUAUUUUGACAGGAUUUGGGAUUUGGGAGAUGGAACUAUGUUUCUCAGGAUACCUUCAAAUCUGAAGGGUUUUUUUGAAUACUUUUGAAGGAAUCUAUUAAUUUGUACUCUUUCCCCCCAAGAUUUGCAGAUCAGAAAUGUCAUCAUAAUGGAGUUGCUGAGUUGAGUCUCGAUUUUACCAUGCAAAUUGAGGCUUCCAGAUUAGCUAGACAGAUACCAUUUUUCUCUUGCCUCCUUUGCUGUAUAGACUACUGUUAUCACAUGAAAAAAUGGGCUUUUCAGUGCUUAAUGUAUUAUACUUUUUAAAUUUAUUCCAUGUUGUCUUCUUGUUUUCCUAAGCAUGAGAGUCUUGAACUGAAUUGUAAACUUCCUUUCUUUACUUAGUAUUUUAGUGAUAGGGUAAAUUUAAUGAUUGUAUUGAUGCUUAUCACCCUUUUGCCAUGAGGAUUUCAAUGAUCUAAGCUGUUUCAGUGAGUGAUAUCUGACAAUGUAUUUACUUUUGCUAUUUAAUUAAAUGACAGCUCUGACAUCCUUGUAUAUCAAUAAAAUAGACAAAGUUUGUUUUUUUGUUUUUGUUUUUUAAACCCUUGCCUUCUGUCUUGGAAUCAAUACUGUGUUUUGGUUCCAAGGCAGAAGAGUGGUAAGGGCUAGGCAAUGGGGGUUAAGUGACUUGUCUAGGGUCACACAGCUGGGGAGUAUCUGAGGCCAGAUUUGAACCCAUCUCUAGGCCUGGCUCUCAAUCCACUAAGCCACCCAGCUGCCCUCCAAAGCUUGUUUCUUAAAAGCUCCAUUUUGGGGGCACCUAGAUAACUCAGUGGAUUGAGAGUCAGGCCCAGAGAUGGGAGGUUCUGGGUUCAAAUGUGACCUCAGACACAUCCUAGCUGUGUGACCCUGGGCAAGUCCCUUAACCCCCAUUGCCUAGCCCUUACCACUUCUGCCUUGGAACCAAUACACAGUAAGGGUUUUAAAAAAAAAAAGUUCCAUUUUGACCUUGUUGUUUCCUUGUUUGUAUUGCUUAUGAUUGAUUCUUUUAUUAAAAUUUUAAUUGAAA